AGAAAAGGAGGGAGCCGAACACGGAAGUAGUGGUAGCGUCCGGAGAGCGAGUGGAGGCGGUGACCGCGACGUCUCCGACGCGAACCCUGAGCCGAGGGGGUGGGAACUUGCUGAAAGGCAAUCGCCUCGUAGGACUUAGAUGAGGUGCAGGAGUGGCAAGGCCUCCCUCUUCCACCUCAGCAAGCACCCAGAGUGAUGGCGAUGGUGAUGGCGGCAGUUACUCGGACAGCUCCAGUUAAACUGCGCUUGGAGAGGUACAUGAACAUGCCCAGAAGAAAUUUCCUUCCAGAAAAACUGAAAAUGCAAUAUUUAUAACACUGGAAUUUUUGUAUAAUUUAUUAAAAUGGCAGAAAAUAGUGAAAGUAAUAGUAAAAAUUUAGAUGUCAGACCGAAAACUAGUCGGAGUAGAAGUGCUGACAGAAAGGACGGCUAUGUGUGGAGUGGGAAGAAGUUAUCUUGGUCAAAAAAGAGUGAAAGUUGUUCAGAUGCUGAUACAGUAAAUGCUGUAGAAAAAACUGAAGUUCCCUUACGGAGCCAAGAAAGAAAGCACAGCUGUUCGUCCAUCGAGUUGGAUUUAGAUCAUUCCUGUGGCCAUAGAUUUUUAGGCCGAUCUCUUAAACAGAAACUGCAAGAUGCUGUGGGGCAAUGUUUUCCAAUAAAGAAUUGUAGUGGUCGUCACUCUUCAGGGCUUCCGUCUAAAAGAAAAAUUCAUAUCAGUGAACUCAUGUUAGAUAAGUGUCCUUUCCCGCCUCGAUCAGAUUUAGCCUUUAGAUGGCAUUUUAUUAAACGGCACACUGCUCCUCUGAACCCCAAAUCAGAUGAAUUGGUAAGCACAGACUUGUGUCUGAGUGAAAUGAGAGAUGGUCAGCUGCAACAGAGAAGAGAUGUGGAAGAACAGGUGAACUGUUUUUCACAUCCCAGUGUUCAACCCUGUGUCAUAACCACCAGCAGUGCUUCAUGUAGGGGUGGUCCUGUGACUGGCUCUGUGAUGAACCUGGUUUCAAAUAACAGUAUAGAAGACAGUGAUAUGGAUUCCGAUGAUGAAAUUAUAACGCUUUGUAUGAAUUCCAGGAAAAGAAACAAACCCAAAUGGGAGAUGGAUGAAGAAAUCCUGCAGCUGGAAACAACUCCUAAGUACCACACCCAAAUUGAUUAUGUCCACUGUCUUGUACCAGACCUUCUUCGGAUCAAUAACAAUCCAUGUUACUGGGGGGUUAUGGAUAAAUACGCAGCUGAAGCUCUACUAGAAGGAAAACCAGAGGGUACUUUUUUACUUCGUGACUCAGCACAGGAAGACUAUUUAUUUUCUGUUAGUUUUAGACGUUAUAGUCGUUCUCUUCAUGCUAGAAUUGAACAAUGGAAUCACAACUUUAGUUUUGAUGCACAUGACCCUUGUGUCUUCCAUUCUCCUGACAUUACUGGGCUCCUAGAACAUUAUAAGGACCCGAGUGCCUGUAUGUUCUUUGAACCACUUUUAUCCACUCCUUUAAUUCGGACUUUCCCCUUUUCCCUGCAGCAUAUAUGCAGAACAGUUAUUUGUAACUGUACAACUUAUGAUGGCAUUGAUGCCCUUCCAAUUCCGUCUUCUAUGAAAUUAUAUCUGAAGGAAUAUCACUAUAAAUCAAAAGUUAGAGUACUCAGGAUUGAUGCACCAGAACAACAAUGUUAGGUAAAGGGUAGGAAGAAAGGAAUUUAAAUAUUUUAUUUUUGUUAGUGCUACUUUGAAUUUUUCUACAAGGGCAAUUAGAGUCCAAAAUAAACCUCUGCCCUAAAUUUUGCUUGCAGAUCAGUUUAUUUUUCUUACAAUACACUAAUUGUUUAAGGUUACACACUAAGGGUUAAUGGAUAUUUUUGACCAGGUGUUUGGUUUUUGUUUCUAUAAUACAGAGUGUAUACUUAACCUUUUUUCUUUUCUUAAUUGUAAUUUGCAUAUGAUCCAGGGAUAUUUGAAUUUGGUAGGCAUUGUAAACGCAGUUAAAAAAUCUGUAUUUCAUGAUUUUCUGUACAAAUAGUCCUGUGUCCUUUCCUACAUGUAAAAUGCUUUGUUAGCCUAUGCCACUGGCAUUCAUACAUAAAAUAUGGUUUCCUCA